UUACGAAGAAGCUCUUGACGAGUUUUCCUAUAUCGCACACCCCCGAGGACACCUUGCUUUCGCUAGUCGAAUCGAGUAACUCUUAGCCAAGAUGAGGUUGAUCCAGUCUUUGGCCGCGUUGUCCGCGCUGUUCGCAGCCGGCAAUGCUCAGUACAGCAACUCCACCGGUGUCAUCCUCGAUGCAACGGCUACCAACAACCAGACCGCUUUGCCGUCUCUCGCUGCCGGUGCUCCCUACGGAAACUCUACCGUCAAUGCUACUAUUGCGGCCUCCAACACCACUGUUCCGGCUUACAAGUGGAGCAACACUACGACCACCUACCAGUCCUCCAGCACUACGACCUUGACGUUGACCAACACGCCUUGGACCACUGUCACCUCGUACGACAUCGACGAGUCUUCAUCUACUGCGGCUGUGGCUGCGGCUGUAGACGCUGCUGCCACUGUUGCCGCCGAUGACAGCGUCAGCUACAUCACCAAGACUCUUACCUACACCGUGGGUAUGGGUGAGUCCGCUUCAGCUACCACCUACACCUACGUUCAGACUAUUGGUGGGUCGUCGUCUACCUCCACCGUUGAUAACGGUGUCGCCGUGGACCCUGUCCAGAUUGCAACCUCCGAUGUCGUCUCCUCCACUGCCGUCUCUAUCAACGGUGCUGCGUUGAACGCUGGCUUUACCGAGUCUGCGUCCGCUACCUCCGUUUCCAGCUCUGCCGAGGUCGACUCGACGUCUACCAUCACCCGUACGGCCUACACUACGCUCUCGACUUUCGUUUACGUGACCGCUACUACAUCUGACGUUCCCGUCACGUACGCUACUCCGACUGUCUUGACCAAGAUUGUUACCGCUGACGCCAAGACCUCUACCAUCUACGAAACCAUCGAUGUGGUGCCCUUCACCACCACUUCAGCCCAGGUUUCCCGUGUUACUGUCACCAAGGUCGUCGUUGCCGCUGCUGCUACCAGCACGACAACGGAAACUGUCAUGGUUCCUCGUUCGACUGAGUUGACUCAGCCUACCAUUGUUGUUAUCGACAGCACUACCAUCGCCGUGACUGCUGUUCCUACGACCCUUUCGUGGUCUUCCACCUCGUACGUGACCAAGACGGUUACCUACACCACCACGAUUACGUCCGUUUUGGAACCUACCACCACAGCGACUGGUUCUGCUGUUCACCUUGCCGCGUCUGCUUCCACCGCUGUCGCCGCCGUCGAAGCUACCACCACGACUUUGAGCAACGUUGGUACGACCAUCUACAUUAUCAACAACUAUGCUACGACCAUCUACCAGACUUAUGUCUCCACUAUCACGGCUGCCGCUUCUCCGGCUCCCACUGAGACCAUCGUCGUUGUUGAGACGCUGUUGCCGGUUACAAUCACUGAGGGUACCACUACUCUUACCACCUCGGUCACUGCUACCGUCACUUCCACGGAGGUUAUUGCUUCCCCCGUCACUGUGACUGCCUCUGCCGAGCCCACGACCGUCACGAGCACCGUUACCGCUGAUGGUACGACCUUCACCUACACUUUCGUCAGUACCGCUACGGUGAACCAGACUGUAGCUGCUUCCACCGCUGCUGCUCUCGCUGCCGCUCAGCCUACUGCUACUUCUGGUUUCUCUAUCGCCUACUUUGAUGCUGACGGCAACAAGAACGUCCUCGUUGCGGACUCUAACUCGCUGGCCGCGUUCGAGUCUGCUGCGGAUGCUUCCGUUGCUUCCCCUGUGUUCUCUUUGUCCUCUGAUGGUGUCAUGUCCUCGCCCAACGCUACCCUCGAGGUUGAAUCCGGUGAGCCUGGCUAUGUUUACUUUGUUUCUUCCGCUGGUGCCAUGAAGAAGCGUGCUUCUGACGUCUGCACCUGGGUUGUUGAGGACUCUGGUUUGAUUGAGUGUUACUAUGAUGCUACGAACGAAGCCGCUUUGUGGUCUGUUUGCGACAAUAGCUUGGUUGCUUCUUCUCAGGAGGUAGGAUGCACUGCUAUCGUCUUGAUGGCUGUCUCGCCUGUCGAGGCUGUUGCGUCUGCCAGCAGCAUUUCCUCCUCCGUUACGAUCACCUCUGCUGCUGCUACCGCUUCCGUUGUCGGUAACAACACCACUGUCGCUACUACUGCUGCUAUGACGACUUCCUCCUCUUCCGUCGUUGCUUUCAACAGUACCACUACCGCCGCUGCUGCUCAGACUACUCUGUCCACCUCGUCUGUCAUUGCUCAGAACGCCACCUCUGCUGGUGUUUCCGGACCUGCUCGUGUCACUCCUUUGACCUCUUUGUCUGUUGCACAGAACACGACCACCGCUGCUGCUACUACUGCUGCUGCCACCCCUGCUGAAGUCUCCAGACUUCCCUCCACUUCUUCUGUUGAGGCUAACAACGGUACUUCAACCAUCGCUGAAACUUCGUCCACGGCUGCUCAGGAAACUUCUUCCUCUGUGGAAGCUACGUCUACGCCUUCCCCCACCUUGAGCACCUUCUACGUUCAGGCUGGAAGCAAUUACCUCUGCGAGGAUGAGUACAGCACUUUGGUUGUCUGUUCUUCCGGCAGCACUCCCGCGUCUCUGUCCAUCCAGGAUGGUGGUGCCAUGGUCAAUACCGACGGUGAGAUGGUUCAAGUGUCGUCCACUUCCGACGCUCUCUCUUUCACCUCUGCGGGUGUUGCUGUCAAGAGGCGCGCUGCUGACUACUUCACCGCCACUUGGUCCCAGGUUAAUGGUUCUCUGACCUUCACUCCUGAGGGUUACUCUGCAGUUUCCUUCUACAACUGUGACGGUACCAUCUACUCCUCUGGUGUUGAUGGCUCCGUUCCCAGGUGCUCUUCCAUUGCCUUGUCGGUCGUGGCCGCUGAUGACACCGUCUGGACCAACGGAACGGCGUCGAUGAAGCUCAGGCGUAACGCCAACUACAGGCUUCGUGUUUAAGCGGAGAUCUUCUCGGGUGUUUCUUUCGUAGAUGUUCUUCUAUUCUCGUCCCCUUCAACUUUAUGUGGUCACUUUAAAUACAAUAUACU